UCCGAUUUUUACACCUGUGUUUUAAAUUACUGUUUAUUGUUUUAUGUUUCCUUUUUAGUUUCUGACCUGUCUGUUUUCCUGCACCUUUUGUCACUUCCACCACCACUUAGUAGAGAGAAAAGAAAAACGCACAAAACCAGACACAAACACUGCUGUUACAGAAUCUAGUAAACUAGUUUUCAGAACAACAUAAAAACAAUAACCAUAGCAAGGAGUUUGGUUGAAUCAGUUACCAUUUUCAUCUGAACAUGGUUUGUUCAGUGCAUCUGCUUCCACUUCUCUUCCUCCUCCUCCUGGCUUUGCUCUUGAAUCCAACAUGUGUCUGUGGCAAUGACGAGCUUAGAGCUCUGAUGGACCUGAAAUCCAGUUUGGAUCCAGAGGGGCGAUUUCUGUCCUCAUGGACCAUGGAUGGCAACCCCUGUGGUGGUUACUUUGAGGGAGUCGCUUGCAAUGAGAAGGGUCAGGUGGCAAAUGUUUCUUUGCAGGGGAAAGGCCUUUCUGGGAGGCUUUCACCGGCCAUUGGUGGACUUAAGCACUUGACAGGACUCUACUUGCAUUACAAUUCUUUGUAUGGGGAGAUUCCAAGGGAAGUUGCAAACUUGACUGAGCUCAGUGACUUGUACCUGAAUGUCAAUCAUCUUUCUGGUGAAAUCCGACCUGAGAUUGGCAAGAUGGAGAAGCUUCAAGUUUUACAGCUCUGUUAUAAUCAGUUAACAGGAAGCAUACCUACACAGCUUGGCGAUUUGAAAAAGCUCAGUGUUCUUGCUCUUCAGUCAAACCAGUUGGCUGGAGCUAUCCCUGCUACCCUAGGAGAUUUGGAAAUAUUGACGAGGCUAGAUUUGAGUUCUAAUAAUCUCUUUGGUUCCAUUCCCACUAAACUAGCCAAUCUUCCUUCACUGCAAGUUCUGGAUGUUCACAACAACACUCUCUCUGGGAAUGUACCUACCGCUUUGAAGAGACUAGAGAAUGGAUUUGUGUAUGAAAACAAUGUGGGGUUAUGUGGAGUUGGGUUUUCAUCCUUGAAAGCUUGCACUGCUUCAAAUAAUGUUAAUCUCACUCGACCUGAACCUUAUGGAGCAGGAGUUGGAAGUAUCUCUAGAGAUAUCCCAGAAACUGCUAAUGUAAAGUUGCCUUGCAAUACAACUCAUUGCCAAAAUCCAUCUAAAUCCAAACAAGCCACAUCUAUCACAGUUGGCAUUGUUCUAGUAACAAUUGCAGUAUCAGCAAUUGGUGUUUUGACCUUCACCGUGUAUAGGCGGCGGAAACAAAAGCUUGGAAGUGCCUUUGAUACUUCUGAAGGCCGACUAAGUACAGAUCAAGCCAAGACUAUAUACAGGAAAAAUGGAUCUCCUUUGGUUAGCCUUGAGUAUUCUAAUGGGUGGGACCCUUUGGCUGAUAGCAGGAAUUUCAACGGGGAUAAGCAAGAUUUGUUCCAGAGUUUCAGGUUCAACUUGGAAGAAGUGGAGUCAGCUACUCAGUAUUUCUCAGAGUUGAAUCUGUUGGGGAAGAGCAACUUUAGUGCUACAUAUAAAGGGGUUUUGAGAGAUGGAUCUGCUGUUGCUAUCAAGAGCAUCAGUAAAACUAGUUGCAAAUCAGAUGAAGCUGAGUUUUUGAAGGGAUUGAACAUUUUGACCUCGCUGAGAAAUGAACAUUUAGUGAGGUUGAGAGGAUUUUGUUGUUCAAGGGGACGAGGAGAAUGCUUUCUGGUCUAUGAUUUUGUUCCUAAUGGAAACCUUACACGCUACCUUGAUGUGAAGGAAGGUGAUGGAGAAGUUCUUGAAUGGUCAACUAGAAUUUCUAUUGUGAAAGGAAUUGCUAAAGGUAUAGCAUAUUUACAUGCACACAAAUCAAACAAACCAGCCCUUGUUCACCAAAACAUCUCAGCUGAGAAAGUGCUACUCGAUCGGCGGUACAACCCGAUGCUUUCAGAUUCCGGCCUGUACAAGCUUCUCACCAAUGACAUUGUCUUCUCUGCACUAAAGGGUAGUGCAGCAAAGGGAUACUUGGCUCCAGAAUACACCACAACCGGCCGGUUCACGGAGAAAAGUGAUGUUUAUGCAUUUGGAGUGCUUCUUUUCCAGAUUAUCACAGGGAAACAGAAGAUCACAAGUGCAAUGCGCCUUGCGGCAGAGUCCUUUACAUUCCAAGAAUUUAUUGACCCGAAUUUGCGUGGCAAGUUCUUUGAAUAUGAGGCAGCUAAACUAGCCAAAAUGGCUUUACUUUGCUCCCAUGAAUCUCAGUUUGAGAGGCCAAGCAUGGAAGCCAUUGUUCAAGAACUGGGGAAUUGUAGUAGCUUUUCUGACCUUUACCAUUUUCAUCUGAUCAUGGUUUGUUCAGUGCAUCUGCUUCCACUUCUCUUCCUCCUCCUCCUGGCUUUGCUCUUGAAUCCAACAUGUGUCUGUGGCAAUGACGAGCUUAGAGCUCUGAUGGACCUGAAAUCCAGUUUGGAUCCAGAGGGGCGAUUUCUGUCCUCAUGGACCAUGGAUGGCAACCCCUGUGGUGGUUACUUUGAGGGAGUCGCUUGCAAUGAGAAGGGUCAGGUGGCAAAUGUUUCUUUGCAGGGGAAAGGCCUUUCUGGGAGGCUUUCACCGGCCAUUGGUGGACUUAAGCACUUGACAGGACUCUACUUGCAUUACAAUUCUUUGUAUGGGGAGAUUCCAAGGGAAGUUGCAAACUUGACUGAGCUCAGUGACUUGUACCUGAAUGUCAAUCAUCUUUCUGGUGAAAUCCGACCUGAGAUUGGCAAGAUGGAGAAGCUUCAAGUUUUUCAGCUCUGUUAUAAUCAGUUAACAGGAAGCAUACCUACACAGCUUGGCGAUUUGAAAAAGCUCAGUGUUCUUGCUCUUCAGUCAAACCAGUUGGCUGGAGCUAUCCCUGCUACCCUAGGAGAUUUGGAAAUAUUGACGAGGCUAGAUUUGAGUUCUAAUAAUCUCUUUGGUUCCAUUCCCACUAAACUAGCCAAUCUUCCUUCACUGCAAGUUCUGGAUGUUCACAACAACACUCUCUCUGGGAAUGUACCUACCGCUUUGAAGAGACUAGAGAAUGGAUUUGUGUAUGAAAACAAUGUGGGGUUAUGUGGAGUUGGGUUUUCAUCCUUGAAAGCUUGCACUGCUUCAAAUAAUGUUAAUCUCACUCGACCUGAACCUUAUGGAGCAGGAGUUGGAAGUAUCUCUAGAGAUAUCCCAGAAACUGCUAAUGUAAAGUUGCCUUGCAAUACAACUCAUUGCCAAAAUCCAUCUAAAUCCAAACAAGCCACAUCUAUCACAGUUGGCAUUGUUCUAGUAACAAUUGCAGUAUCAGCAAUUGGUGUUUUGACCUUCACCGUGUAUAGGCGGCGGAAACAAAAGCUUGGAAGUGCCUUUGAUACUUCUGAAGGCCGACUAAGUACAGAUCAAGCCAAGACUAUAUACAGGAAAAAUGGAUCUCCUUUGGUUAGCCUUGAGUAUUCUAAUGGGUGGGACCCUUUGGCUGAUAGCAGGAAUUUCAACGGGGAUAAGCAAGAUUUGUUCCAGAGUUUCAGGUUCAACUUGGAAGAAGUGGAGUCAGCUACUCAGUAUUUCUCAGAGUUGAAUCUGUUGGGGAAGAGCAACUUUAGUGCUACAUAUAAAGGGGUUUUGAGAGAUGGAUCUGCUGUUGCUAUCAAGAGCAUCAGUAAAACUAGUUGCAAAUCAGAUGAAGCUGAGUUUUUGAAGGGAUUGAACAUUUUGACCUCGCUGAGAAAUGAACAUUUAGUGAGGUUGAGAGGAUUUUGUUGUUCAAGGGGACGAGGAGAAUGCUUUCUGGUCUAUGAUUUUGUUCCUAAUGGAAACCUUACACGCUACCUUGAUGUGAAGGAAGGUGAUGGAGAAGUUCUUGAAUGGUCAACUAGAAUUUCUAUUGUGAAAGGAAUUGCUAAAGGUAUAGCAUAUUUACAUGCACACAAAUCAAACAAACCAGCCCUUGUUCACCAAAACAUCUCAGCUGAGAAAGUGCUACUCGAUCGGCGGUACAACCCGAUGCUUUCAGAUUCCGGCCUGUACAAGCUUCUCACCAAUGACAUUGUCUUCUCUGCACUAAAGGGUAGUGCAGCAAAGGGAUACUUGGCUCCAGAAUACACCACAACCGGCCGGUUCACGGAGAAAAGUGAUGUUUAUGCAUUUGGAGUGCUUCUUUUCCAGAUUAUCACAGGGAAACAGAAGAUCACAAGUGCAAUGCGCCUUGCGGCAGAGUCCUUUACAUUCCAAGAAUUUAUUGACCCGAAUUUGCGUGGCAAGUUCUUUGAAUAUGAGGCAGCUAAACUAGCCAAAAUGGCUUUACUUUGCUCCCAUGAAUCUCAGUUUGAGAGGCCAAGCAUGGAAGCCAUUGUUCAAGAACUGGGGAAUUGUAGUAGCUGUCUUUGAUUUGAGUUUUACUUGAAUUAGUUUAACCAUCAACACCACAUCAGUUUUCUAGUGUUUGGCCACUUGUUCAUGGUCAUGGUAAUGGUGAUGGUGACCCUUUAAGGCGUGACAUGUUUCUGUGUCCUUAACAUAGGACUAGCUUUUCUGUGAAUGCCUUGGACUUUGGUUGUAGUCUAGGUAAGUGAUUUAUAUCACUAUUUCUAUUCAUUUCAGCCAUAUAUUCUCUCUAAUAGUCUGCAAUUGUGGUUUUUCCUUUUCUUUUGGGUUUUGUGGUUAAUGCCCUUUUGUUUUAAUCACCUUUUUCCAACCAACCAUGGACAAAAAGCAAAAGCAAUAUAGAAAUGAACUGUCAUGAAUGCAAUGCAUCAAAUUCCCUAGUGCUACAACACUUUAUUGCUGCUAUUAGCACUUUGUAAAGCAUCCAUUCCUUUUUUGGAUUAUGGAAUGCUGAUUUGAGAUUAUUACUUUGUGGCUUCUUUUA